UCGGGUCCCGGCCCGGCGGCUGCGGCUUCGGCUCGGGGAGGCGGCGGCAGCGGCGGGAGCGGCCAUGGAGGCGGGCGCCGGGGCCGGCGCGGGAGCCGCGGGCUGGAGCUGCCCGGGCCCAGGACCCACAGUAACCACUUUAGGCUCCUAUGAGGUGUCCGAGGGCUGUGAGAGGAAGAAGGGCCAGCGCUGGGGGUCCCUGGAGCGGCGAGGGAUGCAAGCUAUGGAGGGAGAGGUGUUACUGCCGGCUCUCUAUGAGGAGGAAGAGGAGGAGGAGGAGGAGGUGGAAGAAGAAGAAGCUGAGCACAUGCAGAAGGCUGGCAGCGGAGGCUCCUUGUCCCUGAGCAAGCACCGGGGCCUGAGCCUCACCGAGACCGAGCUGGAUGAGCUGAGAGCCCAGGUGCUGCAGCUGGUGGCCGAGCUGGAGGAGACGCGGGAGCUGGUCGGGCAGCAUGAGGACGACUCCCUGGAGCUGCAGGGGCUCCUGGAGGACGAACGGCUGGCCAGUGCCCAGCAGGCAGAGGCGUUCACCAAGCAGAUCCAGGAGCUGCAAGGUGAGCUUCGCCAUCUGCGGGAGGAGAUCUCCCUGCUAGAGCGGGAGAAGGAGAGCGAGCUGAAGGAGAUCGAGCGGGAGCUGCACUUGGCCCAGACCGAGAUCCAGAGCCUGCGGCAGGCGGCGGCCGACUCGGCGAGUGAACAUGAGAGCGACAUGGCGUCGCUGCAGGAGGACCUCUGCCGCAUGCAGACCGAGCUGGACGACAUGGAGCGCAUCCGGGGAGACUACGAGCUGGAGAUCGCCACCCUGCGCGCCGAGAUGGAGAUGAAGAGCUCCGAGCCCUCCAACAGUUUAAGUCUCUCGGACUUUUCUGGGUUGCAAGAAGAACUGCAGCAGUUGCAGGAGCGCUACCACUUCCUGAACGAGGAGUACCGGGCCCUGCAGGAGAGCAACAGCAGCCUCACGGGGCAGCUCGCGGAUCUCGAGAGCGAGAGGACACGGAGAGCGACGGAGAGGUGGCUGGAGUCCCAAACACUGAAGAGCAUGACAUCGACCGAGUCUCAGACUUUCGAGGCGGAUUUCCCGGAGCCCGACCCUGGAAUGCAGCUGUUGCGGCAGCAGCUGCUGGGGGCUGAGGAGCAGAUGCUGAGCAUGAAGACCAAGUGCAAGGAAUUGUGUGGAGAAUUGCAAGAGCUACAGCACCACCGGCGGGUCGGCGAGGAGGAGCAGAGGCGGCUGCAGAGGGAGCUCAAGUGCGCGCAGAACGAGGUGCUGCGGUUCCAGACCUCUCACAGCGUCGUCCAGAACGAGGAACUGAAGACCAGGCUCUGUGCCCUGCAGCAGAAGUACGACGCCAGCCAGGAUGAACAGAAGGAGCUCUUGAAAGUGCAGCUGCAGCUUCAGUCUGAGCUCCGGCAGCUCAAGGUCACAACGUCCACGGUCACGGAGAGCCAGGCUGAGAAGGAACUGCUGUGCCGGGUCCAGAAGCUGCAGCUGCAGUACCAGACCACCACGAAAGAGAAGGAGAAGCUGUUGCAGGUGCAGCAGCAGCUGCAGGAGCAGCUGCGGGGCCACGAGGCAGAGCUGCAGGGCCUCAAGAACAUGGUGUCCUGCUUCCGAGAGAGCGCAGACAAGAACACAGAGACGCAAGCCCAGCUUCGGGAGAUAAAGCGACUGUACGAGGACAGCAAGGACGAGCUGGAGCGGCAGAAGCACAUGUACGACCAGCUCGAGCAGGACUUCCUGCUGUGCCAGCUGGAGCUGGACGAGCUCAAGACCACCCAGCCCCUUCUCGAGGACAAGGACAAAUGUGCUAACAAGUGUGAUGCACUGCUGUCCAGACUGACAGAAUUGCAGGAGAAGUUCAAGGUCAGCCAGAAGGAGCUGGGGCAGCUGCAGAUGGAGCAGUGCGAGCUCCUGGAGGAUCAGAAGCGGUUGCAGGAGGAGCAGGGCCAGCUGCAAGAAGAGCUGCACAAGCUCAUGUUCCCGCUCCCCAAGAGCGGGCUCGUCCGGAAGAGUCAGGACAUACUGACAAAGCUGCAAGACCUCUGUGAACUGCAGAUGCUUUACCAAGGCAUGCAGAAUGAGCAGAAAAAACUGAUAGAGAGCCAAGCGAGUAUACUGAAAGAACAAUUAGAGACGCACAAAGCGCUGCGGCACUUCAAAGAGACACAUUUCCAGGAAGUGGUGGAGAAUCCUGAGGACCCCAAAUGGGCUAAGUCCUCGAAAUGUGAUGAUGAAAACAAGUCCCAGCUGCUCAGGGGCCAGCUGCAGGCUCUGCAGGUGCUGUACAGCGAGAGUCAGGCGGAACAGGAGCUACUGCAGCAGGAGCACGAGAAGCUGCUGGAGGAGCGGAAGAGGCUGCAGGCCGACCUGCAGUUCUGCCUGGAAGAGAUGCAGCUGCUCCAAGACCAGUCGCCUGCGGCCAAGGCGAGCCUUGAGUCCUACAAGAAGAACCACGGCAGCGUGGCUCCCAGCAGCGAGAACCUCCUCAAGAGUUACGGGAGCACCGACGGCAGCCACGACAGCUUCCUCAAGAGUUACGGGAGCAGCACGAGCGAGGCCCACGAGAAGAGCUACCGCAGCAGCAGCAGCUGCAGCAGCGGCAGCGGCUCCUACCGGAAGAGUUACGGCAGCAGCAGCUGCAGCUCGGACACCUAUCACAAGAGUUACGCCAGCAGCAGCCCUAGCGAGGACCUAGCCGAGCCUGCAGACAUGGAGCACUUUGAGGACUCGGUGGCUAAGGUGCUGACCAAGCUGCAGGCAGUGCAGGCCCUGGACCAGAUGAGCCAGGAGGAGCACCGCCAGCUGCAGGAGCAGAUGAACAAGCUGCUGGACCAGCAGAGAGCGCUGCGGGCGGAGCUGGAUGCGUGCGAAAGGGAUUUCCAGGAGUGCAUGGAAGGCCUGGACAAGCCCGCAACCCCUCCGUGUGACAAGAGCGAGAUCAAAGAGCUACAGGCCAAGCUGCGGGAGCUGCAGCUACAGUACCAGGCUAGCAUGGAUGAGCAGGGCCGGCUGCUGGUGGUGCAGGAGCAGCUGGAGGGGCAGCUGCAGAGCUGCCAGGAAGAACUGUGCCGGCUCAAGGAGAAGAAGCCCUGCGUCGCCAAGGAGAGCAAGGGGAAGAACAGCAGUAAAAAUGGGAACAAGAAUGCCAACGGGUUUAAGAAUAAAAAGGCGCCCAAGCCCUGCUCAGACAGCUCCGAGGACAGCUUUGAGACCAGGAAGAGUCUGGAGGUGGUGCUGUACUACAAGGCCAGCCGGUCGGACUUAGAGAAGCUAGCAAAAGAGGACGAAAGGAAAGAGGGGACAGAGAAGGACAAAAAGGAAGUCCCGGAAGAGAAAGCGAAGUGCGAGUCUCGGGGUGAGCAAGCUACUGAGCCGGCAGAUCCCGGGGAGGCUACAGCAGCCGCGGAGGAGGAGGAGGAGGAGGAGGAGUACGAAGAAUACAGAGAACCGGAGGACAAGGGGGAAGACAACGAAGAGGACGAGGACGAGGACGAGGACUCUCGCCCUGAGACAGCCGAGGAAAACAGCCCCCUCAAACUUUCUGAGAGUAAAAAGGUCUGGUGGUCAUCUCGGCUUUGCUCUGGUGCUGGUGGGCUGAGACGUCGUCCUAACACAGAACAUGUUUGGGAUGUGGAAGCCCAUGGUGUUCUUGGCUAUUGCAGCUGUGGCUCUGUAUGUGUUACCCAACAUGCGACCGCAAGAGACACAGCUCUGCCUCAUGGAGUGAUGGCGGACCUGGGCCAGUGGAGAGGGCAGACCCCCAGCAGCAGCCACUCUCACCUUUGGGCAGGAUGCACUGUACCAGAGCCCCCACCCUACCAAUGUGUCCCAUGUGUCCCUCUCUCCUUGGCCUCAGUCACUCAGGCUGCAAAGCCUUAUGGGAACUAUUGGCUCCCACCUCCUGCCUUGUAUAAGAACCUGGGUUCCUUGUAAUUAAAUAUCAACCUAAUCACGUGA